GGGCGUGGUCUCGGAGGACGGCUGUGUUAUUAUAGCAGACAGGUGCCGCUGCUCUGGAGCCCACGGACCGGGCGGCCAUGUCCUGAGCUCCGUGUGACCUUCGUGCGGCCGGACAGGAUGGAGGGGGACCCAGGCUCUUCGGCGGUGCUGCCCGCGGGCUCUGGGCUUGGCUUCGCCGCGCUGCUGCUCCUGUUUGCGGCCUCUCUGCUGACGGUGCUGGCCUGGUUCCUGCAGGUGACGCGGUGGUUCCGUCCAGCACAGCCCGGCGCCCGGGGGCUGCUCGGGGCCCUCUGCGGCUUCCCCUCCAUACGGGACAGCUGGGGCCGAGCCUGGGCGCAAGCGCUGAACCGGGAGGCGCUCAGGAGCCGGAGUUCUGUCCAGAUGAUGUUCGAGGAGAAUAUCUCCCUUCAGCCCAAUGUGCACAUCAGCCAGGUGUCGUGUACACAGCGCUCUGACAGCAGCAUGGUAUACCUUUGCUGUCUCUCGGCUGACACCGUGCGCUUUCCAGUGUCUGUCACGCAAGAGUCCCCCGCUGCCGUAUCCUGUGAUACCUACCAGGUCUCCUUAACUAUACAGAGGGCAAAGAUAGAAGUUCGAUUGCAGGAGCUGCAGCAGGCAGGCCUCCUGGUGUCGUGGAGUUUCGCGGAGCGUCCCGAUAUGCUGCUUCAUGUUGCCCCCAAGCAGUCACAUCAGAAGAGUGAAGGAGGCGCAGACCUCUGUACGGUUCAAGACCUAGUACAAAACGCGUUGCUCACAGCAGAGCCAGCCAUGAUGUUCAACCUAAAAGCUCCUGAUGGUAAUCUGGGUGUCUGUGACAGACUGAUUCAGGGGUCGCCCAGUAGAACCGACAACUUGAAACUUCUGGUUCGACAGCUGCACCUGCGGGAUGUUGUUCUGCAAGAUUCAGACGUUGAGCUGAUAUGUGAAGCUGAAAUGGACGGUCAGCGGAAGAAAACCGGCUGCGCCAGGGUGCAUAGAACGGGAGAGGCCUGGAGCGUCUCAUGGAGUGAGGAGAUGAUACUUCAACUCACUCCUCAGAGCAGGGAGCUGUCGUUGAAAGUCUGGCAGAUGGGGAGAGACUCAGAUGAUAUUCUCCUGGGUCACACCAAGGUGGCUCUGAAGUCACCGGAGAGAGACCUGUGUGGAAAGCGUGUGUACCCACUGACCAUGUGCACCAUGCGCACCAUGCUGCCUGAGAUCCCCGCACCGUCAAUAUCUGUGGAGUUCUAUAUAUCGGAGGCAAAUCUACUGCGGGCAACCUUGGGGACUCCAAUGCAGAGAAUGAAUAUUACGCCUACCAAGAAAGUGGAGAUGGAUCGUGCAGUGAUGCCAGAUGGUACUAUUGUAACUACUGUGACGACUAUUCAGUCGAGGCCAAAGCUUGAUGGUAAGAUAGAUUCUCCUGCCAGAUCACCAUCUAAAGUUGAAGUGACCGAAAACAAACCAGUUUUAUUCCCCCGAAGCUGCUCUGCUGGUUCUUCUCCAAGUGGCAGUGGUGGCUCCCCAUCCUCCAUUAAGCUAGAUCCUGUGGCGGAGACUGCCAUUAGACAGUUAACUGAACCCAGCAACAAGUCCUCCAAGAGGACCCCCACCAAACGUAGCACACUGAUUAUAUCAGGAGUCUCGAAGGUACCGAUUGGUGAUGAUGAAAUGGCGCUCUCUCUCGGAUAUGCAGCUUCCAUGGAUGCCUCAUUGUAUGGUAUUUCAAAGUGUUUUCAAGUGCCACCGACAGAGGGCUCUGCUGACUUUCCUUCUGAGGUGACCACUUCCCACGGUCAAGACACAGAUGAGACCACAAGGUCGGACAUUUCAGAUCGCCCGUCCCUGGACGACUUGGAUUCUGAAACUGGCUCAACCGGGGCCUUGGAAACCCGCAGCCUUAAAGACCACAAAGUUGGAUUUCUCCGGAGCGGCACUAAACUCCUCUUCCGCAGACAUCACCGGGACGCAGGUCUGAGCCAGUCUCACGACGACUUGACCAAUGCCGCCACCGCCUCUCGUAAGAAGAGCAGCUUUCCCCGACGACUGUUUAAACGAUUUUCUCUAAAAACCAAAUCCAAGCCCAAUGUUAACGGGAGUGCCCAGGCCGGAGAGAAGUGAUCCAUCAGGAGAUUCCUCUACCUCGGUCCGGUCACUGCAUGCUUGCAAAAGCCUCCUGCCGGUGACUCCCCCAGGAGACUGGCAUCCUGCAAAGAGCUUCCUGGUUGUCAGUGUGUCGGCGCAGUAUACGAGUCCUGCUUCUUGCAAGAAAUGCGUAUGUGAUUGAGAGUCUGACUUUAAUUGCGAGUUUCGGUACAGGUGCAGUGAUUUCCGUGAUCUGCAUACUCUACGCUUUGGGUGAAUUCCAGCCUGUCUACGCUUUUUGUCUUGUUUCUGAUGUCACAUUCAGUUACAGGUCUGUCAGCAGUAACGCAGGGAAAGUCCAGCAUGAAUGGAGAGGAUAUUGGCAACUGGAAGCUGGUGGAGGAGGAAGGGCCCAGCGUGAAAUUAAGCUCAUUAUAAAAAAAAUCUUUUUGUAAUCCACAUCCCUUGACCUCUAACAUGGUGGCCUUAAGGGGGUUGUCAGUCAGGUAACUUUUAAUUUUAUAAAAAAUAUAUAAAAAAAAGGGGGGUCAGAAUGGCAUUAAAAAAGUUACUCACUGAUGCCUCCCCGCUGCUCCAAUUUCCACCCUUUUGGCUUCUAGUUCCUGGUACCUCUCAACGCACGGAAAUGAUUGCUCAGAUAAUCACCCACCUUACCAGUGGCUGCCUGAGCUGACACUUACUGGCUGUCGAGAGGGACCAGGAAGCGGAGACCAGUGAGAUGACGGCAGAUCGGUGCGGAGAGUUUCACCCCCCCCCCCUUCUUAAUGCUGUUCUGAUCCUGUUUUUAUAAUGACAAUUUACCAACCAGACUAUACCUUUUUAGGGUGCCUGCACAUGGUCCAGCUUACUAAGUUUUUCUGUGAAUAUUUUUUUGCAAUACGGUACCAUCAAAGUGUACGAGGUUAUACAAAUCUCAUGUACACCUUGCUUUUUUCCUUGGGUGCGGAAACUGACCUGCCAUGUGGAUUGUGAAAUCCGCGGCAUGCCAAUUUUUUAUUUCUUUUUUUCUUUGCGGAAUUUAACUUUAUUUUUUCAACCACAAUAAAUAGUGCGGAUUUAUGUGCUUUUUUAUUUUUUUAUUUAGCAAAUUUUCUGCGUGUGCAUCCACCCUUAGAGAGGAGGCGUCACCUCCCCUGACGCAUCUGGCUUAGUAACGACUUGUGUUCCCCAUGUACAGUAAUAACUCUUCUUAUGACUUUGUCUCAUUCCUCUUAUUCAUCCUAGGAAUUUAUAAUUUAAAUUAACAAAUGGGUGCUACCAUCUCCUUUUCCAUGGGGUAUGUCCCUACAGUCAGCACUGACUGGACAUUGUCACAUCCAGAUGUCCGGUCUGUGAACCACCCAAGUCAAAGUGUAGCUUCUAGUGAAGUGCUGGCGCACCCGCUGAAUCGUCCGAAAUUCAUCAUGCUGCUGCCGAGAACAUAGAAUAUCACGUUAUCUCUGCCUGUAAAUUAUGACACUUUUUUUCUUUCCUUGUUUUGCUCUGCUGGUCGGGGCACCGUGUGGGGCCUGGUAUUAUCCUGUGCGUAUGCCUUUUUAAUAUGAAGUUUUCUUUGUGGUGUAUUGAGUGUGUACAGAGAAUCAGAAAACCUAUUUAUUUGCUGUAUUUAUUCUAAGAUCUGUUGGCUGGAAUGUAAAACAAGCCCCCUGCAAUGGCUGCAAGUCGGUGGGGAUGUCUGCUGUAGUAUAUACUGUGAAGGAAACUGCCGUCUCAUGUAUGUAGAAGACAGUGCAGAGAUCCACGGUGUGCGGGUUGUCACACAAUCGAUAUUUUAAAAGGAUUCUCCAGUAUCAAAAUUGGGAAGGGAGCAUGGGGCUCAGUAAAAAAAAUAUAUAUAUUAUAUAUAUUUUUUUUUUGUUUCCAUAUGCCACUUUGGUUCUUGAUGGACACGUGAAUGGCACUUCACCACUGAGGGCGUGUGACUGCUGCAGGCCUAAAGGGGAUCAGUGGUGUAGCGUGGGUUGCCAGCACCCGGGGCGAGCCAUGUAUUGCGCCCCCCCCCCUCCCAACCUGUGGGCACGCCCCUUUUACAGAUAAUGUAGCA